CAAGUCGACGAGAAAGAGGAAGUAAAAUGCAUUAUUUUUGAAGAUCAACAUUUCGUUGGUACUACAGAGGAUAUUAACAUAAGACACUUAAAGGAUGUGCAAGUUUCUCAUCUCUAACAUGCAUAUAGUGUCCAUAGUAUGGAUGAUCAAUCUGCAGUAUGUAGUGUCACAAACAGGAACUUCUCAAACCACUGUAGCUAUUAACAUCAGUGAAGACAAAAAUGCCCCAGUGUUCCUGAACUCUCCUUACUCUACCACAAUUACUGAGAACUAUUUGGUAGGAAGAAUGGUUAUUGCUGUGACAGCUGUAGAUUCAAACCCAGUGUCUUCCAUCCGAUACAUGAUAGAACCCCCUGGGCCUAGAUAUUUUACUAUCAACGAGGCAACUGGUAACAUAACAGUGGCCAAGGAGCUCAACACAUCACUGGAAACCACAUUCCAGUUUAAAGUUUCAACAUAUGACAGCGGAGAGCCACAGUACAAGUCUACAGCAUAUGUCACCAUCUUUGUCAUUCGAAACUUGAAUGCUCCUCGAUUUAUUGAAAACUCAAUCAGUGUGACAGUGGAUCAGAAUGCGAAAUACAAUUUCAUGGUGGCUAAUACCACUGCAGAGGAUGCUGAUGGGGAUAUUCUUCGGUACACUAUGACGGGAAAUCCACUGUCUGAGGUACAGACAUACUUUGGUAUAGAUCCAGACAAUGGAGAUAUUUUCCUCAGAGAGUUACUGACUAGCCCUCCCAGGCAAUCUUACCAGUUGUUUGUGUUUGCCAGAGAUCAGCGUCUUGUGAAUGAAAAGACUGGCACAGCCACAGUAAAUGUUUUCAUUGACUUUGAUGAUGCACCACGCUACCUUGAUAAUCUGCCAUAUACCGCCAACAUUCAGGAGUCUCAGAGCAUCAAUUCACCGGUUGCUCAGAUGCGCGGUACCGACCCAGAUUUGAAGGGUAAUUUGACAUAUGAAUCCAUUGGAAUGUAUCCAGCAGAAGAUUACUUCAGGGUUGGUCCAUCAUUAGGUAGAGUUUCCUUAAUCAGAGACCUGAAAUCAGAUCCAUCAGGAUUGCAGACCUACACUCUAAGGGUUGUGAUAUAUGACUCGAUGUAUCCAAGAUUAAAAGCAACAGGAGACGUAGUGAUCAAUGUGGCCAGGAAUCCAUUUGCCCCGCAGUUCUCUCCCAAUGCAGAUUAUCGUGCCACAGUCCAAGAGAACGUCACUCUGGGAUACCAAGUGCUGGACAUCGAUGCCACUGACUCUGAUAAUGAUCCAGUAACAUUUGAGAUAGUCAAUUCUGCUCCAUCGGGUGGUGAAAAUUUCUUCUAUCUCGAUCCUAACACUGGAGUUUUGAUGAUCAAAAGGUUGCUGACAAACACACCUGAAACUUUCUAUCAGCUGACAGUCAAGGCUUCUGAUGGCAGAGGGAGAGCAGCCAAUGCCACGGCCAGUAUCACAAUCACCCGUAUCCCGUCAGACCAGAGGCCAGUCUUUACAUCUACUCCCAAUGCAACCAUCACAUUUAAACAGCCAGUCAGCAGCUCUGUCAUAACUGUUGCAGCUCAAGAUCCUAAUCCUGUGGGUAACAUAAGGUACGAACUUGUUGGAAUUUUCCCAGCCCAGGAUUUUUUUGCUGUCAACCCAACCACUGGAUCUGUAACUGUCACACGAGACCUUGCUACUGAUUCCUUUGAAACCAUGCAAUACACACUCCGGCUUGAAGCCUACGAUACAAACAAUCCCAACUUACGAGCUGUUGGUCUGUCCUUCAUCACCGUGAUUAGAAACCCUGCCUCACCUGUAUUUAGUGCCGCUGAUUACAGCCACGUAGCUGAGGAGACUCUACAAGUGGGAACCAAGUUGUUUGAUAUUAAUGCAACAGAUGUUGAUGGGGACCCUAUUCUGUAUGAUAUUGUACAAGACCAAAAUGGAAUAGCAGGCAAUGAGUUCUUCUUGCUGAAUAGAGACAGUGGAAAAUUCUACCUCAUUAAGGAUCUUAGACUGACUACUCAAAAUGCCUUCUCAUUCCGAGUCAGAGCCCGAGACCAGGGACGUCCUGAGAAAUUUGCAACAGCCAAUGUUUUGAUCAGUGUUACCAGAGACAAUGGUCCUCCCACUUUCAUCCAGAGAGAUUAUAUCUUUGAAGUCUCUGAAACAGAGCCAGUGAACAAUAUAAUUCCAUUUGCCUCCAUUAAAGCUCAGGAUGUUCCCACAAGGGGGUCUCUGGUUUAUGAAGAAGAUGGAGAUGGAUUUGCUAUGUCCUAUUUCGCAUUGGACAGAAAUACCGGAGCCAUCAAAGUAGAGAAGAGUCUCCUUACCACCAAUGAAUCAUACUUUGAGUUGAAGGCAACAGCUUACGAUACCUUCUACCCUGACAACAAAGCCAACACUACAGUCAAAAUUACUGUGAGGCGCAAUCAGAAUGAACCUCAGUUCAGCCAGAGUGCAUACAAUACUGAAAUAAAUGAGUACCAUCAAUUUGGUGUGACGGUAUUUAGAGUAUUAGCUGCAGAUGCAGACAGAGAUGUUGUGCUUUUUUCCAUUGAACCACCCAAUGACUUCUUCUAUAUUGAGAAAUACAGUGGCAGAAUCUACCUUCGCAGGUCUCCGAGUAUAAAUCCUACAGUGUCAGAAUAUACUUUCCUGGUCUUAGCCAGUGAUCAAAGAAGUCCACCAAGGAUUGCAAAUGCUACAAUGACCAUCAGAAUUAGACGAAACCAACCACCCGUGAUCUUAGAACUACCUUUAGUAACUUCCCAGUCCGAAAAUACUCCUGUUGAUUCAAUUGUGUACACAGUGAAAGCUGCAGAUCCAGAUAUGAGGCCUGGGUCCAGACUUGUGUACACAUUGAUUGGAGAUGGCUCAGGUCCUACAUUCUUUAGUUUGAACAACUUGACUGGAGAAAUCCGCAUAAAGGCAGGAUUUAGGGAUGACUUAACAUUGCAAUAUGUGUUGCGGAUAUCUGUGUAUGACCAGGAAAUCAUGGAUAUGCGAACCACAAGCACAUUAAUUAUCAAUGCUCUGAGAAAUACAAAUCAGCCCCGAUUUAAUCAACGUUUCUAUGUGUACAACAUCACAGACACUAAACGACCAAGUACUGUUGUUGGUCAACCAAACGCCACCGAUUUCGAUGGAGAUAGGUUACAGUUCUUUUUGACUGGAGAUGCCACAGCCAGGGAAUACUUCUAUGUGAACAGAGACACUGCUGAGAUCAUUUUAAUCAAGAACUUGGACACAGCAACUGUCAAGACAUUCAAUCUACAGUUAAGAGUUGAAGAUGGACGAGUGCCUCUAAAAACGGACACAGUUCAAGUGACCAUCAACGUGGCACGUGAUCUGGAACUACCAAUCUUCAUCAAUGAUCCGUAUAACUUUAACACUGAUGAAGAGAGACCUAUAAACCAUACCUUAGGAACUGUCACCGCUAUAGAUCCUGAUAUACGGGGCCGAAUACAGUAUGAAGUUGUUGGAAUUUAUCCAGCACCUUCAUUUUUUGAUGUGGAUAAAGAUUCAGGAGUUGUCAGAAUUAUCCGUGAUCUCAAGGAAGACAAAUCCGCAACUGGAACCUAUGUGCUGAGAAUAUCUGCCUUUGACUCUAGAGAUCCAAGCAAAAACACUUUAACAGAUGUAACAAUAACAGUGGCCAGGAAUGUGAACCCACCUGUGUUUGAUAGAACUACGUAUUCUACCAGAAUCACAGAGUUAUACUCUAUGGGAAUACCAGUUCUUAACAUCACAGCAACAGACCCUGAGGGCACUCAGAUCUCAUACACCCUUGUACGAGAUAACACAGUGGGAGGCAAUGCCUUGGUCUACUUCUACAUUGAUGCAAAUGGAGGCCUGUAUCUUAGAAAACCUUUGACUGCACCCGAUGUACCUGGACAGUUUAAUAUGGUGGUUGCAGCCACUGAUUCAGGAAGACCAUCAAGAACAACGGAGGUCAAUGUUUUCGUUGGUGUGGACAAAAUCAACCCUCCAGUAUUCCUGGGCAUCCCUUACACUAGACGGCUGGAGGAGAGGACACUCAAUGGAACCAGUAUCAUCACCGUUAGGACUAGCCCCUCUACCGACAUUGUGUAUGAAAUUGUGGGAGAACCACCAGCUCCAUAUCUAUUCUUUGUGGAACAGAACGGAGACAUUCAUAUCAAGAAGGAUUUGACCACAGACAAAUCAAUGGAAUACAAGAUAAGAGUCCGGGCAUACCAGAGGAACACUCCCUCCAAGUACGCUGAAACAGAUGUGGUUGUCAUAAUGCUGAGAAACAUCAAUCCACCAACAUUUACCCCUGACAGCUUUAGCACUUCAGUGAAUUAUGAUGAUCCCGUCGGACAGCGAGUCCUACAAGUUCAGGCUGCAGACGUUGAUCAGGAUGUACUUCAAUAUAGCAUAAGUGGCGAUGCAAAUUGCCAGAACAGUUUCUACAUAAUCAGUGCAACAGGGGAGAUAAUUUUGGUCAAAAGUCUUAAAACCACCAACGAUGUCUUGUUCCAAUGUACUUUGAGUGUGACAGACAAUGGUUAUCCAACACCCAAAACAGACACAGCUACCCUGGUGAUCAAUGUAGUAAGGGGAACUAAUCCAGUGUUUGGUAACCAGAAUCUGAACGUUAAUAUCAGGGAAGAUCCCAGUUAA